AUGAUGCACCCAUCACGACAAGCAUACGUGGAGGACGCGGAGCAGCAGCCCUCGGGAAUCGCUCUGGAAGACGUUCCAGAAGACCAUGACUACGAAAUGAACAUGGGCGACGGCGCCCCGCCAGAGAAGGCAUCCGCCAUCCUCAACCAAUUCAACCGAAAACGACUCGCUGCCACGAUUGCUGUCCCGACCGACGAUGGAAGAGUUCGUGCCAAGCUGCGAGAGAUGGGCGAGCCCAUCACCCUGUUCGGCGAAGGGCCAGCCGAUCGCCGAGACCGACUGCGAGAGCUCCUGACGAUUCAGGCGGAGAUGGCUGGGCUCGAGAGCGGCGACAUCACCAUGGAGGAUGCAACCGAGGACGCAGAAGAGGAAGAGCAAGAAGAGGAGUUUUACUCAAGAGGAGGGCCCGAGCUACUAAAGGCUCGCAUUAACAUAGCAGAGUAUUCCCUGCCGCGGGCAAAGCGAAGGACAGCUUUUCAAAAGGCCGAGUCUACAAUACCCCUGCGGACGCAUGUCAAGUUCCGGAAGCAAAUCAAGGAGAGGUUGCAGGCCUUUGAGCUGCAAGGAAGUCAGACCAUUGGCGAGAGGCAUAUCAGCAUGACCAGAUUCUCGCCCAACGGGGAGCUGAUUGCUGUGGGCAACUGGGGUGGUCAAGUGAAGCUCAUCGACACAGAGAACCUUACAGAAAAGAUGAGCUUCCGUGGCCAUACCAACAAGAUCAGCGGAAUUUCGUGGUAUCCCGGGGCCACUUUGCCGGAGAGCGGCGUCUCCCCAGAUUCAGUCAAUCUUGCUUCGGGUGGUGCCGAGGGACUGGUACAUCUUUGGUCAUUGAACCAAGACACCCCCAUCUCCACCUUCAAGGGACACGCGCAGCGAGUUUGCCGAGUAGAGUUCCAUCCAUCUGGCCGGUACCUGGCAUCUGCGUCGGAAGAUACUUCAUGGCGUCUUUGGGACGUGGAGACGAGUGCAGAGCUCCUGCUACAAGAGGGCCACUCUCGCGGUGUCUAUUCCGUUGCCUUUAACACGGAUGGCUCCCUCCUCGCCAGCGCAGGCUUGGACAGCAUUGGCAGGAUAUGGGAUUUACGAUCAGGGCGGACAGUCAUGAUUCUCGAUGGGCAUUUGGAUGGACACAUCAAACCGAUACACGCGUUGGAUUGGAGUCCCGAUGGACACCGAGUCCUGUCCGGCUCGGCCGAUGGAUGGAUCAAGUGCUGGGAUGUUCGAAAGGUGCAAAGGACAGGAGGUAUCGGAGCACACAACAGCGCUGUGUCCGAUAUGCGAUGGUUCAAAGGCCUGGACGACCCCCUCCUCGGCACCCCGCCGGGGCAGGACGAGAAGGGUGCCCAACUGCCCAAGAAGGCUGGCACCUUUUUCAUCUCGAGCGGUUUUGAUCGGGACGUCAAGAUUUUCUCGGCCGACGAUUGGACCCUGGUGCAAACGCUGAGCGGGCACACUGCUCCAGUUGCCAGUGUUGACUAUAGCAGAGACGGAAAAUGGAUUGUGAGUGGAGGACACGACCGCACGGUGAAGCUGUGGGGGAGGAAUGACGGCGAGGCAUUAUAG